GCGAUUUGCGAUCAGGCGGCGCGGCGGACAGCCCCGGCGGCGGGGCGGUGGGGAGUUAUAUUGCGGGGUCCUUCCUCGCUCACCCUGGUUCCUCUCGGAGCGGAGACGGCAAAUGGCGGACUUCGAUACCUACGACGAUCGGGCCUACAGCAGCUUCGGCGGCGGCAGAGGGUCCCGCGGCAGUGCUGGUGGCCAUGGUUCCCGUAGCCAGAAGGAGCUGCCCACAGAGCCCCCCUACACAGCGUAUGUAGGAAAUCUACCUUUUAAUACAGUUCAGGGGGACAUAGAUGCUAUCUUUAAGGAUCUCAGCAUAAGGAGUGUACGGCUAGUCAGAGACAAAGACACAGACAAAUUUAAAGGUUUCUGCUAUGUAGAAUUUGAUGAGGUGGAUUCUCUUAAGGAAGCCUUGACGUACGAUGGUGCACUGUUGGGUGAUCGGUCACUUCGCGUGGACAUUGCAGAGGGCAGAAAACAAGACAAAGGUGGCUUUGGAUUCAGGAAAGGUGGACCAGAUGACAGAGGACUGGGUGGCUCUCGAGAAUCUAGAGGUGGAUGGGAUUCCCGGGAUGACUUCAAUUCCGGCUUCAGGGACGACUUCUUAGGAGGCAGGGGAGGGAGUCGCCCAGGUGACCGGCGAACAGGCCCCCCGAUGGGGAGUCGGUUCAGAGAUGGCCCUCCCCUUCGAGGGUCCAAUAUGGACUUCAGAGAACCAACAGAAGAGGAAAGAGCACAGAGGCCGCGGCUCCAGCUGAAGCCUCGAACGGUUGCCACGCCGCUCAAUCAAGUAGCCAAUCCCAACUCCGCCAUCUUCGGGGGGGCCCGGCCCAGGGAGGAAGUCGUGCACAAGGAGCAGGAGUGAGCCCGCCGCUGGGAGGGAAUGGGGCGUGGGGGAGGGCCACAGCAAGACCACAGCCUGGCUAGCCCCCUGCACCGGCGGGCCCGCGGUCACCAUUCCUGCGCCUGGCCUUUGUCCUCCUUUCUUACACCGGAAACACAGAGCUUGUGAGUGCAUGUCAGCAGUUAACAAGUGGUUUUUAGUACAUUCUUGGCUUUGCUGAACCGAUCUAGUGCCUGCUUUGUGUUUUGUUUUUGUUUUUAUUUUUUUCUUUUCUCUGCUAGUCCUUCCCCAUUUUCCUUCUGUCCUUUUUCCUUCUUGCUCCUUGUUUCCUUCCAGUCCAUGAGUUUCUCUCAAGGGACAGAGGCAGCCACCUGCGGGCGUUCUUAGGAUAGAGGUGCUGCUCCAUUUUUCUCCUCCUUUUCUCUUUUUACUUUGGACACACUGGCCAGACCUGGUGGUUUCUUUGAUUUUUCUCAGUGCUUCUCUUCUGACCUGCAUGUUGAGUUCUGUAUUGCUGUGGCUUCCAAGGGAAGGAAUAAAAAACAAAACAAAACAAAAAAAAAAGGGAAAGAAGUCACAAAUUGGAUAGCAUCUUGUUUUUAUUCAGCUGUGAUCCACAGACAGAAUUCGAGGCACCUUGUUUUCAAAACAAGGAUAAAAUAUCUGUUGAUCUUGCAAAUUCCUCCCUGUCCCUAUUUAUAAGCAGCCCUGUCUCUGUCGCUCCCUCCCCGAAUGGAUCAUUCGAGCAGAAGAGGCUUUCCUUUCAAAGGUGGGAGUCUAAGAGAAAGGGGGCGGUAGCGUGAGCGGCCGGGCGAGCCCAGCGCCUCCCUGGGACCGCUGUGUCAGCACAGCGUGCACGCAGCCCUCGCCGGCUCAGCUGGGGGCUCCGGGAGGACUGGGGCGGUGGUGGCCGCGCUGCGCCCGGGCUGUGCUCCCCCUGCCUCUCCUCAGACCCCGGUUGUGUAUGUGUGUCCCUGUGUGUCCCUAUCUCCCUGUCUGCUCCUUGGCGCAAGUAACCGUGAGAUACUGCGCUUCCCACCCUCCCUGACUUUUAUAAUGGAAACGGGCCUCAAAUCUGGCACUUUACUGUUUCUCUUGAUGAAUUGAGGAUUUUACUCUGCAGAGCUGUCAGAGCCUUCAGGGAGCUGGUAGGCGGCUGUGAGUCCCCAGGUCCUCUUUGGUGCACAGUUGCCUGUUCCCACAUGCUGUGAUUGGCACGUACCCAGGGCCAGGGGGCUGGGCCGUGGCUUCUGAGCUUGAACGCGCGUGUGCGCGCGUGUGUGUCUGUGGUGUGUGAGAGAGAAAGAACAAUCUGGGUCCUUCAGCGAGUCUCGGACCGUCCCGUGGGGAGCAGUUCGGGGCCCGCCAGCAGCCAGAGCCCGGGGAAGAGACCAGCCAGUGGGACCGGAGGGCCGCCCGGUCACCUGGCCGGCACAGCGGCAUGCUUAGGGGGUCGUCGUCACUAGCUGGCGUCCUUGGCUUCUCUCACUGUGUCUUAGCCCCAGGGCCUCAGCAACUACAGAACUCUGUCUCCUUUCCCUCCUUCACCUGCCGCCUCUGCUUCCUAAAUAAGAACCAUUUGUGUAACACCAAUACUUCACUUAUGAGAGACAUGCAUUGUGUGGUUGUGAUCAAACCUGAUGCUUUGAGAUGACCUACUUACACCUUCAAUGUGGAAAAGAUUAAGAACAAAAAUUCAUCUAAACCUCUGGGCAAUCCCCGUUGACUUUUAAAUGUAAGAAUGGAAUUCCAAACACUUAACACAUUCAGCUAUAUGACAGAAAGUAAAUCUAUGGAUAUGGUAUUUUGUGAAUGAUCUUUUAAAUAAAAGAAAACCUUACGUAA